AUGCUGAGGUCGCGGACACUCGCAGUUCUUGCUCGCCCAUCACGACUGUUGUUCAUCCCACCCACCGCCCGCGCAUUCCACAAAACUAUCAUGGAGCACCACCAAGGCGCCGCCGCCGCCAGCGUCGUUGGCAAGACCAACGUCCCGGGAUCCAAGAUCAAUUCGCCUAUCCCAGAUUACCUCAACCUCGUGCUCCGCGAGAUCGGCGCCGACAACCCGGGCCAGACGGCUGCCUACAUCCCCGAGCUGAAGAAUGCCGACCCAGACCGGCUCGCGAUCGCCGUCUCGACUAUGGAUGGGUAUGUGUACACGGCCGGCGACGCCGAACUCGAGUUCAGCAUCCAGUCCAUCUCCAAGGCGUUCGUGUAUGCGCUCGCCCUGGAGGAGCAUGGGCUCGAGUACGUGCUGAAGCGGAUUGGCGUCGAGCCGUCCGGUGAGGCGUUCAACGAACUGAGUCUCGAGAAGGGGACUUGCCGGCCGCUCAACCCCAUGAUCAACGCCGGCGCCAUCGCCGCGCACACGCUGGUCGGCGACGCCGAGCUCAGUGAGGGCGAGCGUUUCGAGAAGAUCCGCAAGGGCUUGUCCGCGUUCGCAGGCCGCGAGCUCGGCCACGACGAGACUGUGUUCCAGAGCGAGAUGAAGACGGCCUACCGCAACUUCGCCAUUGCCAACAUGCUGCGCAACUACAACAUCAUCUGCCAGCACCCCGAGGACGUCGUGACGGGCUACACGCGCCAGUGCGCGAUCAACGUGACGACGCGUGACCUUGCGCUCAUGGCUGCGACGCUGGCUAACGGCGGCAUCCAGCCCGUGACCGGCGAGCGCGUCGUGGGCCGCCACGUCGUGCGCCAGGUCAUGAGCGUCAUGCUCACAUGCGGAAUGUACGACGAGGCGGGCGAGUGGCUCGCGAACAUUGGUUUCCCAUCCAAGUCUGGCGUGGCGGGCGGCAUCAUCGGAUGCCUACCCAGCCAGGUGGGCAUCGCGACGUGGUCGCCCCGCCUCGACACGCACGGCAACUCGGUGCGCGGCGUGCGCAUGUGCAAGCGUCUCAGCGACGACAUGGGCAUGCACAUUAUGGACGCGCCUGAGCCCGCGCGCGCCGUCGUCCGCCGCGACUACCUCAUCCACUCGCCCGAGGACCACGGGCACGGCGCGCACAUCGCCGCCGUCAUAAGUCUGCAGGGCACGAUCAACUUUACGUCCGCGGAGCGCAUUACGCGCAUCAUGGCCGCGCGCAGCAUCGACACGCGUACCGUGCACAUCGACUGUGUGAUCCUCGACCUGCGGCCCGUGUUCAGCAUGAACUCGGUCGCGCGGCGCAUGGUGCGUGAGAUCGUCCGCCGCCUCCGCAAGACCGGCAUGCGCGUCAGCCUCGUCGACCCAGAACACAUGCUUGAAAUGUACAAGGUUGGCACGCCCGGCGUCGACGACGACAUGGUGUGCGACGAAGUGUAUGAGGACCUCUCGCACUUCGACCAGUGGGCCCGCAAGACGAUCAACCCAGACGAGAUGAAGCAGCUCGACUUGGACUAG